CGACGUAUGAACCUUCUAACUCGCACUCGUCGACACAGGAAACUGCCUUGCGCUCUUGUUUUUUUCCGAAACACUGUUAAUUCGUCUUUGUUCUCCAACUUUAAUGCUUUAACACACACUAAACGCACUUGAACAUAUACUAACGUGGCUGUUUACCGUUGUAGGACGCGCGCGUCUGUAGCCGCUAAGCGCAGUUUCCUGGCGUGUUCUGCUGCGUAAGCCUGAAGGCUCUCCGCCAUAGUAAUGAAUUACUCUGACUACGAUUCUGAUGGAUAUUCGUCUAAUGAAGACACAGACUACGUCCCGUCAGAUGACAACCUCAGUGAGGAUGACAUCAAUGAAUGUGAUAAGGAAGAGCCUCUGCACGAAGAGGACAGUGUCCCGCACCCAGACAGCAUCGGCAGGAAGAAGAGGAGAGAGGACACGAGAAUGAGGAAACGGAAGAAAGUGGAGGUAUUAGAUGGCAAUUUAGCAGCAGACACAGACAAGACAAAGCCACCUCAGGAAGCAGUGAACAAACCUGCAGUGGUGGAAGUGGAUGCCGAAGCAAGACUUCAGAAAAAAUCUGAUGACCUGUGGGCAAGUUUCUUAUCUGAUGUUGGAUCCAGACCCAAAUGCUCUGCCUCUGCAUCAGAGUCAAGUGCUUCACCAAUAGGUAAUUCUUCUGUCUUGAGUGUUUCUUCUUUGAGGACAGAAACAAAAGCAUCAGAACCUUCCAAAGUCACUAUCACCAAAGUCUUUGACUUCGCUGGAGAAGAAGUUAGGGUGGAUAAAGAGGUGUCUGCAGACUCCAAAGAAGCUAAAAGCUACCUGAAGAGCCAAGAGAAGAACAGAGAUCAAGCGGAGAUCCCUUCACCCAGUAAAGUAUCUCUUCCUGGUCCCAGCGCCAAACGACCAGCAGGCAUGUCCAGCGUCCUGAAUCGCAUUGGGGGAAAGAAACAAAGGAUGAGCACUCUGGAAAAGUCUAAGAUGGACUGGGAUGCAUUUAAAUCAGAGGAGGGCAUCACAGAAGAACUGGCCAUUCACAACAGAGGCAAAGAGGGGUAUGUGGAGCGGAAGAACUUCUUGGAGCGGGUCGACCAUCGGCAGUUUGAGUUGGAGAAAGCAGUGCGACUGAGCAACAUGAAGCAGUGACAGAGACUGAAUAUGUUGCUUUCUUUGCCUCAUUAAUGACUCAGCUCAGACUGUGGCCUGUGGACCUCUCCAUUUCAGGAUUAUUAGUCUGGGUUUGUGUGUUGGCAGAGCGUUAAACAUUUCUUUGCUUCUAGCCACAUUUCAAACAUUUACACUGACGACAAUGAUUGGGAGCUUGGGUCAUUUGUUUCCUCUAAGGCCUAAUGUAGGUCAAGGCCUAAAUAUUCUGGCUUAUUAUUACUAUUUUCUUGGCUUUUAGUUUUUUUUUAAUCCAUUGCUUCUGUCUGUAAUAUUAUUAAAUUAUAAAUAUCUUGUCCUCACUAAGUUGAUAACUGAGCUCUAACCUUAUUUCACAACUCACACUUAUUCCAUGUAUCAGUUCAGUUAUUAUAAUAAUUAUUAUUAUUAUUACACAUGCAUUGAUGUAAGGUGGACUUUACUGUGAAUCCAAAUAUUUUCCUCAUUACCUAAUUAUUGGCAGUACCAGCUAGACCUACAGUAUAACUCUGACCAAGGUUAUAUCAUGUGAUGCAUGUUUUAUAUUUAAUUUUUUUAAUAGUGUUAAUAAAUCAAUAUUGUAACAGUCUGUUAAUUAAUAAACCUUUAGGACCUUUAGAUUAGCUGUUGCUAAAAAACGUGGGUCAUACAAUCUUAUGUCCUUGUGUGUUUGGCUGCUCAUCAAGGCCAUUGUUAGCUAGAUUUCUCAGGGUCAAACUAAGACUGUUAAUGCUUAGUUAGUUAGGUUAAUGCUUUUUGUGAUGCCUCUUAAUUUGAAAUUAGUCCUACAAUGUAGAUCACCCUGAAACACUGACCACAUGAUAACAGUACUGUCAUCCUAACCAGUGCUACAGUUCAUGUCCGAGCAAGAACACCAGAUGCACCUGUGAUGGACAAAAUGGUAGAAUGUAGUUAAAACGGAGUGUUAGUGAUGGAAGUGUGUUACUGUUGAUACACUUCUGCUUGAUUUUUGCAAAUAUUAAACAAGCACACAUGUGAAA